CCAUCACUUGACUGACGACAACCGACGGGGUCCAUUUGACGCAUCAAGAUAUCAACAUCGCCAUCGCUUGCUUGCCGCUUACAGCCGGCAUCUGUAUUUACGACAACUCAGAUAGCUGGCCCUGCGAGUUCCUUUGUCGGGAAGACAAUCUCCAGCCCUCGCCAUGGCGUCCAACGCAAAGUACCAGCCCGCGGCGCAGCACGACCCGGACGAGCACGAAGACUACACGCACGCGCCGCCGUCGUACUCUGCCACCGCGACCGAGGGCGGCCCUUCAUCCGCCGCGGGCCGCGACGAGACACAGGGCCUGUUCGGUCCCCCGCGCAGCAGUGAGGACAACAUCCCGGAUGACUUCAAGUUUGGCGGCUCCGUGGCCGAAGCGACUGUCGACAUCCGCAACCAGUUCGUUCGCAAGGUCUACACCAUCCUCACCGUUCAGCUGCUCGCCACCGCCGGCGUCAGCGCCCUCACCUUUUUCAGCGAGGCCUACAAGACGUGGAUCCAGAGCCACCCUGGUGUCGUCUGGAUCUCGCUCAUCGGCGCCAUGGUCUUCAUGGGCCUAACGUACUGGAAGCGCAAGUCGUACCCGACAAACUUGCUCUUCCUGUCGCUCUUCACUCUCGCUGAGGCCUACACCGUCUCCGUCAUAGUCUCCUUCUAUAAGACGUCCAUCGUUCUCAACGCCGUCAUCCUGACUGCUGGCCUUUUUGUAUUCCUCACCCUCUUCGCCUGCCAGACCAAGUACGACUUCACCUCGUGGAUGCCCUACCUCUUCGGCGCACUCUGGGGGCUCGUCCUUUUCGGUUUCAUGGCCAUGUUCCUGCCCUACAGCUCCACCGGCGAGCUCAUCUACGGUGGCCUCGCUGCCCUCAUCUUCAGCGCAUAUAUCCUUGUCGACACGCAGCUCAUCAUGCGCAAGCAUCACGUUGAAGAGGAGAUUGCCGCCGCCAUCAGCCUUUAUCUCGACAUCAUUAACCUGUUCCUGGCCAUCUUGCGCAUCCUCAACAGUCAGUCCAACAACUGAACGGACUUAUUCAUACAGCCAGGCUAGAACAGAUUGCGGGUAUGAAGGAGGAAGCAGGUCGAAUACGGCUGCCGGGUGCUAUAGUUGCGAAGUAAGGCUUGUACCAUGACAUGCUGUUUCCUUCUUUCUUGAUAUUGCCUCGUCGUUCUUUCUCAGAGCGCAGAGGCGCAAAUUGGGUUAGGCGUUCAUGACACUUUCUCUGCUCCUUGUUUCCUAAUCGCGUCCUGUCCAUAUCUGUCCGAGCACCACGCCCGUUUUGUUUGACAAAGCGAGAUCACCAAUAUCAUUACAGUCGCACCUAUGCGUGCUGCAUUCGCGUUUCGCUAAAUUUCGGAAGGUAUUCGAUAUUUGCAUUAGAAGUCCACUAAAAGGCUAGGAAAUGGAGAAAUAAGCGGGAUGCCGCAGGUACAGGCCAGGCAACAAACAGACGCGGCUCCAAUCAAUAUACCCGCAACGGGGUCGAGGGCCAUGGGAGCUGCCCUUGCGACGGCUUGCUGCAACCAUACACACUCGCUCAUCGCGUGGAUCUGCCGCAAGCCCCU